AUGAAUCUGUUUCAGAAGCAGUUACCUGAGGUUGAUGCUGAGGCACUCAAGUUCAAGGAAUUGAUUGAAUGUCAGAAGAACUAUGGUGGCACGCUGAGACCUGGUGAAGGUGAUGCUAUUGCCCAGUAUGUGCAGCAAGGGAAGUGUAUUCCAAGAAGAGGAGAAGUCGGCUUGUCAGCUGAGGAGAUUCAGAAGUCCGAGGACUUAGGUUUUGUCAUGAGUGGUAGCAGGUACCGGAGGAUAAAUGUCAUCCGUAUCAGAAAAGAAAACCAAGUUUACAGUGCUGAAGAUAAGAGGGCACUUUCGAUGAUCAACUAUGAAGAUAAAGCAAAGGGAGAGCAUAAGGUGAUGGCUGAUUUGGAGAGGCUGGUCCAUCGUCACAUUGGAGAUUCAUGGUAG